GACUAGGUUGCUUUUUCCCCUCGUCUCCUUUUGCCUCAAGUUAAGUGCCACCUUGAAUUGAAGGCAGAGGCAAUUGUAAAAUUGAGCACGCGAAGCCGGCUGGUCAACACGAUCCUUGAACUCGAUAAGAUUACUUUGUUGUGUAGACUGUACACGCAUGUUUGAACAACUGUAAAUGGCAACUAAAGGGUCGACUGCCGAACAUCGUUUUGGCUCGUUUGCACCAAUAAGGAAUGGAAGUCAAGCGAAAUGGUACGUGGACGGACAGGACUAUAUGGCAGCUGUUGCUGAUUCGAUUGAAGCAGCGAAACAGGAGAUCUUCAUCACAGACUGGCAACUCAAUCCACACAUCUUCAUGAAAAGGCCUGACUCGGGAGUCGACAGUUUAUUUUGGCGUCUGGAUAAGAUGUUGCUGAGAAAAGCUGAGCAAGGUGUUCGAACGUACAUAUUACUCUACUGGGAAUCGAAGAAAAUAGCGGGUAUGGACCUUGGUAGUGAAUAUGCUAAAACUGUUCUGAGUCAUGACAACAUCGAGGUUCUUCGUCAUCCAGAUAUGACUACCCUCUGGCUUAAUCCUUCCACCAUGUUCAGGUGGAGUCACCAUGAGAAAGUGGUGGUUGUUGAUCGGAGUGUAGCGUUCGUUGGGGGCAUUGAUCUUUGCUUUGGCCGAUGGGAUACUCACAGCCACCUGUUAACAGAUCCCUUUGCACCUCAUCCCUGUGUGUUGGAGAGUGAUGAGUGUGCCAGAAUUCCUAAGAAAUCUAGAGUACAAUAUGCACAGUGGGUAGGUAAGGACUACGGUAACACCUUCCUACAUGGACCAAGAACUAACCUGGAUGAGCCUAUGAAGGAUGAUGUUGAUAGAAGUAAAGAUCCUCGCUUGCCAUGGCAUGAUGUGGCUUGCUCAGUUUCUGGACCUCCUGCUCUUGAUGUUGCCACACACUUUAUUCAGAGAUACAAAUAUCUCAAGCCACAUUACGGCUUUCAAGAUAUCCUACCGAAUACUGAACUUUAUCAGAUUUCAGAUCCAAGUGGUAGGAAUCUCACGAUACAAGUUCUCCGUUCAGUGGGCGAAUGGUCAGCCGGUCAGCCAAAGGAAACCUCUAUCUACAAUGCUUAUCUACACGCAAUUGAGAAUGCAGAGCAUUUUGUUUACAUCGAAAAUCAAUUUUUCAUCUCAUCUCACGGGGAAGUGCACAAUAAAGUAAUGCUAACCUUGGCUGACAGAAUUUAUCGUGCUCAUCAACAAAGUCAGGAUUUCCGCGCAAUGGUCAUCAUACCAUUAAAGCCAGAGUUUCCAGAGAAAUGGGACACAGACGAUAACUUAAGACUUGUGAGCUACGAGACUUAUGCCACCAUCUACCGUGGGGAAGAGUGUUUGAUGAACAGGCUGAAAGAAAAGGGAAUUCCAUCAGAAGCAAUACCUAACUACUUCAGUGUGCAUGGUUUGCGGACACAUGGGUCUCUAAAUGGGAACCUUGUGACGGAGAUUGUUUAUGUGCAUAGUAAGCUGAUGAUUGUUGAUGACCGAGUGGCUAUCAUAGGGUCAGCAAACAUCAAUGACCGCAGCAUGCUUGGAGACAGGGACUCAGAAGUAGCAGUAAUCAUACAAGACAAUGAAAUGAUGGAAGGGAAGAUGAAUGGAAGACCCUACCAAGUGGGAAAGUUCUCUCACAGUCUACGCUGUCACUUACUAAAAGAACAUCUUGGCCUUCUAUCAGAAACGACUGCGAUAUCACUAAAUAUCAAGGUAGAAGACCCAUUGACAAGCUCCUUCCACAGUACCUUUUUAGAACUAGCUGAGGAAAACACUCGUAUUUUUGAGAGCGUAUUUCGGGGAAGAAUACUUCCAACAAAUGAAGUACGGAACUUUGAUGAACUUAAGCAGUGGCAAUCACUUUCAGCUGAUCAUUAUUUGGAGCAAGCUACAAAGGAGUUGGAUAAGAUUCAGGGAAGAAUUGUCCUCUUUCCACAAUUGUUCUUGAAAGACUGCUUAAAACCAUCUUCCCUUAUAGCGAGGGUGUCUGAAUAUUUCCAGAUGCCUAUGGUGGGAGGCACACCUACAUCAACAAAUGAAGUAUGGAACUAUGGUGUUGCUGAUUAUAGAUUACAAGCAGUGCGCCGCCGAGCCGAGCGUGACGCAGGGACGAGCAGAGCCGAGCGUGACCCAGAGCCGAGCAGAGCCGAGCGUGACCCAGAGCCGAGCAGAGCCGAGCGUGACCCAGAGCGGAGCUGUCAUGAAUGUAUGGAGUGGCCAUUACUUUCAUGUGUUGCUUGUCAUGCUUUGGUGGAAGCUAUAAAGGAGUUUCAUGAGCUAGAGAUUUAUAGAUUACAAGUAGUGCGCCGCCGAGCCGAGCGUGACGCAGGGACGAGCAGAGCCGAGCGUGACCCAGAGCCGAGCAGAGCCGAGCGUGACCCAGAGCCGAGCAGAGCCGAGCGUGACCCAGAGCCGAGCUGUCAUGAAUGUAUGGAGUGGCCAUUACUUUCAUGUGUUGCUUGUCAUGCUUUGGUGGAAGCUAUAAAGGAGUUUCUUGAGCUAGAGAUUUAUAGAUUACAAGUAGUACGCCGCCGAGCCGAGCGUGACGCAGGGACGAGCAGAGCCGAGCGUGACCCAGAGCCGAGCUGUCAUGAAUGUAUGGAGUGGCCAUUACUUUCAUGUGUUGCUUGUCAUGAUUUGGUGGAAGCCAUAAAGGAGACGCAUGAACUAGGCAUUUGUAGAUUACAAGUAUGGCACCGCCGAGCAGAGCGUGACCCAGAGCUGAGCUUUCAUGAAUGUAUGGAGUGGCCAUUACUUUCACGUCUUGCUUGUCAUGAUUUGUUGGGACCUAUAAGGGAGUUACAUCGGAUUUACGCAGAGCCGAGCCCUGAUGAACUUAUGGAGUGGCUAUUACGUUUACGUUAAGCUCAUAUUCAUUUGGUGGAAGCUGUAGGGGCUCUGAUUAAUUGACUUGUAGUGCGCCGCCGAGCCGAGCGUGACGCAAAGCCGUGCGUGACGCAGAAAAAAGAAUGAGAAAGAAAUGGCCUCUCAAAAUCCUUCCCGCCCCCAGUAUUUCGCGUGGCCAUUUCUUUCUUACGUUUUUUUUCCCCGCGUCACGCGCGACGGACUAAGCGAAACAAGGACGCCUUCAUUGCGUUCUGAACAAAUGAACGUUCGGCCAUGCAUUAAUUUCAAGGAAACCCUGACAGGCUGGAUGCAAAAAAGCAACUCGAUUAAAUUUUUCGUUUUCAUCCCUUUUGUGUAAAACUGCAAAUAUCCAGCUAUCUGCCUAGAAGUACUAAUUAAGAAAUCACUACAAACUUUACUCACGGCAAGACAAUGUUAUCUAACAGCAAAACAAAAUUAACUCACGGCAGAACAUAGCCUGCGAAAACAUCCGUCAUCAGUAUGGAAUUUCUGUCGCUAAGUCGCACACGUUCCUCCGGGCGAAACGUCCCCAGCGGCGAAGAGUGAGGAGAAACGGAUGUUUUCGAAGGCUAGGCAGAACACCAACUCGCGGCAAAACAGAAUUUACUCACGGCAAAACAAAGAAAACGAGUUGGUGAGCGAUUGUUAUUUGCAUUUAAAGUGGUACGCCGCGUGACAGUAACACACCGCUCGCUAGGAAACCGCCAGUGCAGUGCAGUUUCCCUUAUCUGCGAAUUAUGUCGAAUGUCGGUCGUUUCGCCUACAAGUCGAUUCGCCUACUGAUCGAAUUCGUUUCGCCUACACGAAGCUAACCUCGUUUAUGAGUUGAUAAUUGAAAAGAAUUUUUACUUUCAAACAAGGUUAGUUGGGCUACUUUAAAUACGCACAAAAGAAUUUUAAAUUGGCAGCCAUUUAUUAAUAGGGUCUAUAAAAGGGCAGUGAAUUACAGACCGAGCAGUUUGUCCGACUUCUCACGUGCCUAUCGUUACUAGAAACUAAAAGAGAUGCAAAUACGAAUGCUUUAGAUUAAGAAACGUACCUUUACCACAGCCUUUGCAAAAGUUGGCAUUUUGAUCGACUGACGAAUACUGCUCUAUUUCUAUCGAGCCGUGAAAAAUGAAACAUUGAUCGCGAAAAAAGAAUUAAGUUUCAGAGCUGAUUAACGAAAAAAACUAAUUGUUUCUCUAAAUAGAACAAAAAUGUGAAUCGAAAAAUAUAACUUAACCCGGCGUAGCUCAUCGAACAAAAUUGAACGGAUUUUAAUCGAACUCAGGAUUGAGUUCGAGUGGGUCGGUAAUCGAACGUAACCAAACUCACAAAAAAAUUUGGGGUAAUCGAAUAGUGGCGACAGUUUGGUUCGCUCAAUAAUUAAAAGCACGACAACAUUUUGUGUCUGAUAGGAUGGCUUUGUAGCUGUACCAGAAUUUGCGCUCUAUUCCCGGGUCAAUUGCAUCCGGUCUCCUAGUUGCCGAGCCGGGAAUCGAACGUGUUUCACGGAUUCUGUUCGAUUUCCGAACCCAGUUGAACUCAGUCCAUCGGAUUGAGUUCGAUUGGGUUCGAUUAAGUUAAUCGAACUCACAGAAAAUUUCCUUGUUCGAUUAUGUUCUAUCACCUAAUCAAUCAAACUCAAUCUAUGGAUUGAGUUCGAUUAACUUCGAUUGAGUUCGAUUGCCGAACGUUCGAUUAGCUACGCCUGGAACUUAAAUAUUGGAGACGAACGAAAAACAACUUAUUCGAAGAACAUAGACGAUUUCGAGUCGCUCGCCGCCAAUUGAAAACACUGUAAAUUUCAGGAAGGACGAAAUACCUUUGACGUCCUUUUAAUUUCAUGUACCAAGAAACUUUCGUUGAUAUAAACCUUUGUACUUCAGUGGUGAUUUAAAAUGAAAACGAGUUUAAAUCGACGGUUUUCGGGUCUCCCGAGUUCGCCCAGAAGAACUGGCAGGUAUAUUUUGCAGGUUCUAGGUUGCAGCCUGAAAAAUCAACUUUUGAGUCUCGGAUAGCCUACAUAGCACUCCGGUUAGCAUAAAUCAGCUUAGGUUGCUUGCGGUUAGCCUUUGUAUUGGAGUUUAUUCAACUUCAAUUCGAAUGAACAGCUCAUUUCGACCUGCAACCUGCAAAAUAUACAUGCUGCAGAAAAACGCAUUUUUUAACUGGCGUGCGUGCAUUUGUCGAUACUCUACCGAGUAUCAGUCGAUACUCGAUCGAUAUAUCGGUCGAGUAUCGACCGACACUUGACCGACAAUCGACCGAUAUAUAACCGAUAGUUGACCGAUAUAGUAUCGUGAUCGAUACGUCGACCGACAUUAAGUGGACUAUCGGUCGAUACUCCACCAGCACUAGAUCGAGUAUCGGUCGAGUAUCUACCGAUAUAUCAACCGAUAUAUCGAUCGAUACAUCGGUCGAGGCCCCCCAUAGGUACCUAGUCGCGGUUGUGAUUUUUUUUACCGAGAGUGACAGGAGUUUUUAAAAGGAUCUGAUCGUAUCUGAGGAUGACCGAAGUUUUCCGAGCUAGGAAUAUUUUUGAGUUCACUUUAAACAUUGGUUACAUCCGAUAAUCUGAUCAUUGGAAACAGUUUUUUAACCACAAAAAUAGACAGUUAUUAGCGAUGAUUACUUAGAGAAAUGUUUUUUGUACAGCUGUGAGUGGAAUCGAAUUGUGGAGCAGCUUAUCAGCUUUGCGACAAGCAACAACUCUAAGAGAUUAUUUCCAAACUGAAAUAACUAUAUGUCGCCACAGUUUUGCCUUAAUUUACAUGGCAUCCUUGAAAAGCAGCUUCUUUUACAUUUUAAUGUAAUCCUCUUAUAAUUUUAGCUCUUAUAUAUACCGAGUUAGUUACUGAGUAUGUUUUUUAAAAGGAUCUGAUCGUAUCUGAGGAUGACCGAAGUUUUCCGAGCUAGGAAUAUUUUUGAGUUCACUUUGAACAUUAGUUACAUCCGAUGAUCUGAUCAUUGGAAACAGUUUGUUAACCACAAAAAUAGACAGUAUUAGCGAUUAUUACACAUCCCCUUGCUUAUUACUUAGAGAAAUGUUUUUUGUACAGCUGUGAGUGGAAUCGAUUAGUGGAGCAGCUUAUCAGCUUUGCGACAAUCAACAACUCUAAGAGAUUAUUUCAAAACUGAAAUAACUAUAUGUCGCCACAAUUUUGCCUUGAAUUUACAUGGCAUCCUUGAAAAGCAGC